GGUCCUGGGUGGGAAAUAACCUUUGGGGUGUCUGCGGGUGCGCUCGGCUCCCCAAAUCCAGCGUGCUCCUUUCAGGCGUUGGGCGCUGCUCACACCUCAGGCCCGUGUUGUGCAGGCAGGGAGCCUCGCUCCCCGAGCAGCCAAGUGGCCAUAAUUCACCGGAAGGGGAUGAUCGUGGAUCGGCGCAGCCCUGCAAUGAAGCAGAGGGAGAGAGCAAGAGCAGCGCGCACCGCCUUCCCCUCGCCUCCCUGCCUGCCUCUGGGCCGCGCCAGGCUCCGGCGCAGGAGCGCGAUGGCUCCCAGCGGCUGAGGCCGUGGGAAAGCUGCGGGAGGAGCGCAUCCAAAGCCGGGGAAGGGCUUGGGGAGGCGCUGAGGAGACGGGGGAGGGCAGAGCCCGAGCGAGCAGAGCCCAAGGAGGCUCCCUGGAGGAGCCCAUGGGGCUGGGGGCUUGGCUGCGCUCACUGGGCGGCUGCUGCGGCUGCUGCGGAGGGGAGGCGGCAGCCCCCGAGAAGGAGCCGCUGCUCAGCAACAACAACCCCUACGCCUCCUUCGGAGCCACGCUGGCGCGGGACGAGGAGCAGAACCUGUGGAGCACCCCGCACGACGUGACCCACACGGAGGCGGACGACGACCGGGUGCUGUACAACAUGAUCGUGGGCAGGAGCCAGCUGGACAAGGACUCCGAGGAAUGGCAGAAGCUCAACUAUGACAUCUAUACCUUACGGCAAACCCGGAAAGAAGUGAGAAGCAGGUGGAAACACAUUUUGGAGGAUUUAGGUUUCCAGAAGGAAGCAGACUCCCUCCUGUCCGUGACCAAACUCAGCAUCAUCAGCGACUCUCAGAACAUGGGCAAAGCCCGGGACAUCCUGCUAAAGCUGUCCGAAGAGACAAACAUCUUCCCGACCAGCUGGCAGCUCUCUGAGCGCUACCUCUUCGUGGUGGUGAGUAGCUCUGAGUGUGCCUCCCUCCCUGCCACCCCAGCUCUGAAAAUGGGCUCAUGCACAGGGGAGCAGGUAGAUGGAAGGAAAUUCAAGUACCUGGUGGCAUCUGGGGCAUCCCCAGCAGAUGUUGCGCCUGUAGCUCCUUGGAGACGUGUUGUAGCACCAUCAACUUGCUCCCAAAGGUGCUGUGCAGUUGGGUGCUCUCGUAGCCUGUUAAUGAGGUGGGAGAAGAUUAGACCUCACGCCUGGCUUAACCUGAGAGCCACGGAGGGAGGACCCUGACCAGGCAGCUCGCACUGACUGUAAAACCCUGUUGCUUUGGCAGGACCGGCUCAUAGCUCUGGACGCUGCGGAUGAGUUCUUCAAGAUGGCCAGCGUGGUGUACCCAAAGAGGGCCAGCGUGGAACGGGUGGAUGAAAAGCAGGUCUCCGCCGGGAUGGCCUGAGGAGCACGCCUCGCUGGUGCUACAGCGGGAUUCCCUCCCCUGGGACCAAGUUUCCCUGCCAAGGGCUUGUAGCACGAGUAGUGCCCUUCCUUGUUUCCCUGCCGAGAAGCGAGCGGGCUGCCUGGAGCAGAGCUGAGAGCCGGGGGUGCUCCGUGGGGAGGGUAUGGGAAAAGGGCUGGUGGACCCCAAGGUGCUCCAGGAGAAGGGAGCAGGAGCUGCUGCGGCUUUGUCCUGGUGGGGGGCCACCGGCUGGUGGGCACAGGGGGAAUUGCUGCUCCCAGUAGCUGAAAAAGGUGGGAUGUCUCCGGUUAGGAGAGCCACGUUGCUCCCUUCAUGGUAUCAGCCACCUCCCUCAGCCCUCCCAUCCAGGAGAACCGGCAAGGAAGGGAAAAUACCUCGGUCGUCUUCAACUUCGGGACACUGCUCUGCGUGCUGCUCCUCAUCCUCUUCCCCGCUGGGCUGGUCCCAGCUCCUGCAGGAGAGGAGCUCACGGCUGGAGCCUCGUUCAGUUGGGUGCUGGGACCCCAGCAGUGAGCAGUUCGGAGGCGUUUCCCUUGAGGGAUGCUCAGCCCGACGCUGUAAACAAAGGUAGAUUUUAGGGAGGCUCCGUGGUGGGACCUGCUGAGAAAUGUUCUCCUGUGACACCCUCAGACUGGUCACACCGACGUCUCCAUUCAUUUCUGAAAGUUCGGGUCUUGAUUGCAAUAGGAACAGCACCACAAAAUUGCACGUGCUGUCGGGGGAUAUGGUCACUGCUCUUCAUGAAGAUGUUAAAUGGACACCCUUCGUAUCUUUGUGUGUGUGUGUGUGUCUGAUAAUGAGCAAUAAUUUUAAAACACUGGAUUUCACCACUUAAAAAGAAGUGGAAGUUCAUCACUGGUUACCACGUUUGCUGCUAACGGACCAGAAGAAAAUGCUGGUUGCUUAGGACCUCCCAAAACAGCAAUAUAGAGCUUUUAUUUGUUUAUACCUACAGAGUUUGAAAUAUAUAUAUAUAUUUAUGAAACGUUUCUGCUUGUCAGUCUUCCUGGGAAACAUUUUUCUCAGCUCUGGACAUCAAUGAGAACUGAAUUUAAUAAACAAAACAUGGUACAAAA